CAAAUUGAUUUUUUGAUACCCACCUCACUCCUUAUCCUACACCCAUUCUGUCCCACUUCCUCUUAUCCUACGCACCCCCCCUCUCCAUUCUUUCUUUCUAUAAUUUUUAUUUUUAUUUUUUUCUUUCUCAAAUAAAUGAAUUGAACCCAUUAAUUAACCAUCUUCAACCCACAGCAUGUCAAGUGCAACAGCUUGGAGCAAAGAAGAAGAAAAAGCCUUUGAAAAUGCCAUUGCAAUGCAUUGGGUGGAGGAUGAUGAGGAGGAGGGCAAAGAGAAAUGGGAGAAGAUUGCUUCAAAUGUCCCAAGCAAAAGCAUGGAGGAGUUGAAGAAACACUAUGAAAUGCUUGUGGAAGAUGUGCUUGCAAUAGAGGCAGGAAAUAUCCCACUUCCAAGCUAUGUGGGAGAGGAAGCAGCUUCUUCCAACAAAGACUCCCAUGGCUUGUCUUCUUCAGAGAAGAGAUCAAGUAAUUGUGGUUAUGGAAGUGGGAGUGGGUUUUCAGGGUUGGGAAAUGACUCAGCUGGCCAUGGAGGGAAAGGAGGAUCCAGGCAAGACCAAGAACGCCGGAAAGGGAUUCCAUGGACAGAAGAUGAGCAUAGGUUGUUUUUGCUUGGUCUUGACAAGUUUGGAAAGGGAGAUUGGAGAAGCAUUUCAAGGAACUUUGUAAUUUCCAGGACUCCCACACAAGUGGCUAGCCAUGCCCAAAAGUACUUCAUUCGCCUCAACUCAAUGAAUCGAGAUAGGAGGAGAUCUAGCAUCCAUGACAUUACAAGCGUCAACAAUGGAGAUGUCACGACUUCUCAUCAUCAUCAUCACCAUCACCCGCCAAUUACCGGCCAACAGACCACCAUGAACAUGUCAAGCGCAACCGCUAUAGGACCACCGGUGAAGCAUAGGCCGCAGGCGCCGCCCAUGCCCGGUAUAGGCAUGUACGGAACGCCGGUUGGGCAUCCAGUUGCUGCUCCUCCUCCGGGGCAUAUGGGGUCGGCGGUCGGGACUCCUGUGAUGCUUCCUCCUGGACACCAUCCACACCCUGCCUAUGUUGUCCCAGUUGCUUACCCAAUGGCACCACCGCCAAUGCACCAAUGACAUAAUUAAUUCCUCUUUUGAGAUCAGAAACAAGUGGGAUUGUGAGAUAGGGAAAAUCACACUGCAUGCAUGGGAGACUUAUUUAUGACGUUACUGAUCAAAUCUGUGUAUCAAAUUCUAAUCAAAUCAAGUUUCAUACAUUAUAAUUCCUACUUUUAUUAGUUGCAUUUCGUUUGUAUAUAUACCAGAUAAGAUAUUUUUGCUAUAUUUA